AUGCACAUCCCCUCUACGACGCCGGCGGCGGCUACGAACGCGACCAGGUACUUAAGGUAGGGGCUCUGGCUCUCACUUUCGCUGUAUUGAUUGAGGAGGACGGACCUCUGCUCUGUGCAGUUCAGCGCCUCACCGUCCCCAAUUAGGGUUGUUUCUUUCUCGGAGACUUUGAUGAGCAUGACGGUGGGGUAGUCGGGCAUCUGGUAGCCGUUGAGGAGGUUGAACUUUGGGUAGCAGUUGCCCGUCCCGUUCAACUUGUAGGCCAAACCCUUGCACUUGCAGUCGCUCAGGCACCUGUUUCUGCAGUCUUCGAAAGACACUUUCUCUCCAUAGGUCUCGAGGUCAUAACCAAAGUAAUCUGUGUGCUGCAGGACUAGGAAAUCGAUCUCGGACGAGUUGCACUUGGGAGGAGAGGGAGGGGAGCAACCUCUGGACCAGUCCGACGGAUCGAUCAUGCGGAACCCCGGAGGGCACUGGCAGCUCGGCUCCGGCGAGUAAACACAGAUGCCGUAUGUCCCGCAGAGUCCGUGGACAUUGCAGGCGUGAAGCUCUGGCUUCCAGGUGACCUCCCAGUUCCCGGAGCCGUUCAGGGUGUAUAGCCGUGCCAUCCCGUCGUAGUCCAGGGUCAGCCGCCGCCAGCGGCCGGGGGUGUCGUCGGAGGAAUUGAAUUUGAGUUUGUCGGUGGACGAGAAAUGACCCAGGGAAUCGAACAUGGCGAUGCGUCUGCUGUUGUAGGGAAACCUCCCGCUGUCGAAGGUGGAAAUGUCUGGUUUCGGCCAAUACACGCUGGUGACCUUAGGCGCGUCGUACACCAUCUUUAGUACGUUGUCGUCGCUGAAACGGAGGCUAUAGUAGCCGGAGGAAUAGCUUCCAGGUCCGCUUCUGGAAACGAGCUUGUUGCCCUUUGUCAGCGGCUGGAGGGGAAGGAGCGUGUCCGUUGGGGAGGCGAAGCUCUCCCAGAUGACACCCCUUGUCUGAUUCAGCAGCACCAGAUUACCCGUCUCACUGAGCUCCACGCUGGUCGCCGCCGGCAACGAUGCGGCGGUCUCCCAGACGCGGCUCCCGUCUGCGUCCUUCAACACCAGGUUACCUCUCUUCUCCAGGCGUACGGUCGACAGCCUCCCGUUCACAGGGCUAUCUCUGUUGGCCAUCCAAACGACGGUUUUGUCUACGGAGGAGGUGAACCAGACGGAGAAGCAGUAG